AUGGCUGAGGAAAAUCAAACCGAGCAAGUUACAGAAUUGACUCUUGUGGGACUGACAGACAACCCAGGACUACAAGUGCCUUUAUUUGUCCUGUUCCUCCUCACGUACUUCAUCCCGCUGGCAGGGAACCUGGGCAUGGUUGUGCUGAUCAGGAGCAGUGGUCACCUUCGGUCACCCAUGUACUUCUUCCUUAGCAAUUUAUCUCUCCUAGAUGCUUGCUACUCAUCGGUGGUAGCGUCAAGGACACUAAUGAACUUUCUGACGGAGAAAAAAACAAUCUCUCUAGCCAGUUGUGAUCUAGCUUUUUUUUUCAUAGCUUUUGGGACCACUGAGUGCUUCCUUCUGGCUGCGAUGGCGUACGACCGCUACACGGCCAUUUGCAACCCCUUGCUUUACCCGUCCAUCAUGUCUCACGGGGUCUGCAUCCUGCUGGUGGCCGGUUCGUACGUGCUCGGCCUGCUGCACUCUUCGGCGCACACGAACUUCGCCUUCAGCUUGCCUUUCUGCCUGCCAACCGAGGUCGACCAUUUCUACUGUGACCUCAUACCUGUUCUAGCGCUCUCCUGCUCCAACACCCACGUCAACAGGAGUCUGAUAUUCGGCCUUGGGGGGCUGGUGGAGACGGUGACCAUCAGAAGGCACAAAGCCUUCUCCAUUUGCACCUCUCACCUGGCUGGAGUCAGCAUCUUCCAUGGGUCUAUCCUUGCCCUGAACUUCCGACCAACGUUCAGCAUCACCCUGAGCACGGACAAGAUCUUUGCUAUGUUUUACUCGCUGGGGGUGCCCAUGCUGAACCCCCUGAUCUAUAGCCUCAGGACCAGGGAGGUCAAGAAGGCCCUGAGGGAGUUUGUCACAUGGAAGUAG